AGUGAGUUUGGGGGGAAAGACUCGAGCCCUCCUCUCCUCUCCUCUCCUCUCCUCUCCUCUCCUCUCCUGAGAACUGAUAUGUUCUGCGUAAAAGGAACUGAGAGCGCACUCCUGCCUCCCAUCCACCUUCCACCAAGAAGCAUCUGUGCGCGCACUACAUGUCAUUAAUUUAUUUCUCAUUAACUUAUUGAAGGGAUUUCACUUUCAUUUAGUUUUUACUGCCAUGGCGAGAUCACUUUUACUUUUAUACUUUUUCCAAGGACUACUUCCCCUCAUCUGUGGGCAGCAGCGCGCGGCUGGGCCCUGGCGGCACCGGGUUCAGUGGCAGAACAACGGACAGGUUUACAGUUUGAUGAGCACUGGAUUGGAGUACCAGGCUCCGGUUCGCUCCAGAAGCCAGUCGAGGGUUUAUGUGAGCGGCAGGAGGGACGGCACCAGGAGCCAGAUGUCCGGAGCGCACAGAGGAACGAUGCUUGUAAGAACCGGGCAGGGUGAGUCCAGAGUGAUCAGGACCGAUCCAGGUGUAGAAGCAGGGUCAUAUACACCAGGGCGCGAUGGUAGACCGUUCGUGCCGGUUAAUGCUCAUGCGUCAGGGGCCAGACAGCAGCCGGAGCGCCCUCAAGGUACAGGUGCUGCUGGUUAUCCAGUUGCACGACGUCUUGGCCAUGAACACAUCAACAGCAUCAACGCGUCUGCACCGCGGUCUUCAGCGGAUUUCCCCGGCAGAAGAGGAGGCGUGAGAGUGGACUCUCCUGCGGUGCGCACAGCUGGAGGAGAACCGGGACCCGGUGCACCACAGUUACGCGCGGUGCCACAGGCUGUUCCUGUCUUCCGGCAGACAGGUCACUCCACCUCAGAAUCUGAAGGUGCCGCUCCGGAUGCUUCAAGCGAGGCGGCCACAAACAGAGACGACAUGGUUAACGACGAUCCUCGAAACCCGUUUAAAAACCACAGGAAUUCAGUUUUAUACAACUUGUAUCCCACCAGGGAGAGGGCAGGGGCGCAGCGUCCACCCGACACGGGAUAUGGAACAAGAUACUUUCAAAAUGGACUGCCCGACCUUGUGCCAGACCCGUAUGCCAUCCAAGCAGGUGCUUACAUCCAGCGUAUGCAGAUGUACGCGCUCCGCUGUGCAGCUGAGGAGAACUGUCUGGCCAGGUCAGCUUAUGGACCCGGCGUGCGAGACAUCGACUUCAGAGUCCUCCUGAGGUUCCCCCAGAAAGUGAAGAACCAAGGCACCUCUGACUUCCUGCCCGUCAAGCCGAGAUAUCAGUGGGACUGGCACAGCUGUCACCAGCACUACCACAGCAUGGACGCCUUCAGUAACUACGACCUGUUGGACGCCAUCACUGGACGUAAAGUGGCCGAGGGACACAAGGCCAGUUUCUGCCUCGAGGACACCGGCUGUGAACCUGGAUUCAGGCGGCGCUACGCCUGCACAUCCCACACACAGGGCCUGAGCCCAGGAUGUCACGACGUCUACGCCGCCAACAUCGACUGUCAGUGGAUCGACAUCACUGAUGUACCUCCAGGAAACUAUGUCCUGAAGGUUACUGUCAAUCCCAAUUUCCACGUCCUGGAGUCGGACUUCACCAACAACAUAGUGAGAUGUGAUAUCACGUACACAGGAAUUUAUGUUCAGACGCGCAACUGCCGAGUAGCAAGGGGUUGAAAUCUGCAUCAGCAUCAACACUCUGAUUAACAACAAGUGUAAAAGCCAAAGAGUUAAAUAAAUAAACUUUGUGCAAUGUUGCUGCCAUAGUGUCGAUAUGUUGCAUUUAUUGAUUUUAAAUGCAAAAGUUUACACUAAUUUUGUACAUGAAACAAGUGAGAUCACCGGAAAUAAGUAUUUCUACUUACAUGGCUUGAUUCAUGACAUAUUUCUUUUGGUCUUAACAAAGACGAGUACUGUGUUUGUAUAGGUUCGGUACUUGAAUGCAUGUUUUAUUGCUUAUUUGGUGCUUUUUGUUGGUCUGUGUCUUAUUUUUCUGCUUCAUAUUAUUGUUACACGCACAUCAUUUGUUCUCACUGGUUUAUAUGAAGGAUGAAUAUUCAAUAUUUUUGUCAAUGACAAAAAAUCUCAUGAAAAGACCAAAAGCCAACGAUAUGUUCAUUCAUCACUAAAUACUUCCAGACCUCUCUGUGCUGCUUGUGGCUCUUAAACCUGAACCCAAUGUAAAUCUUAUAUAAGUUACUUUUUUAAAGAAAUAAUUUUCUAAAACAGCUGGACACAUUAAUCAAUGUUCAUUGUUGAUUUUAAUCUUUAUAAGAAAUAGAAUGUCACCUUUAUCCACCUGAUAAUCAUGAAUAUCUCUAAUAGUAGUUGAAGUAUGUCGGUGCUAUAUGUUUAUGUAAAUGUUUGCUUGUGUAUAUCUACGUGAAUGGAAAAUGUUGAUAACUGAAAUGUAAAACUGUUGAUAUUGCUUGAAUAUUGUUGAAAAUUUGUAUCUUAUUCUGUUAAAUUUAAUGCAAUAAAGGUGUU